UCUUCACGCGCGUCUCUCUCUUCUUCGUCCUCUACAAAAACACUCGUCUCUGUACAUUGAUCUUCACGCUCAUCUCCCUCUCUCUCUGAGCUCUCACGCGUCCAUGGCGGUCAAAUGUUUCCACUCCUUUGCUCUCCAUCUGCUUCUGGCGACGAUCGUGAUCGGCGUCGUCAACUCCGAGUACAUAGAGUACAACACAGCACCGAGAAUCGUCACUGAGAAAAUCAAUGUUCACUUGGUUCCUCACUCCCACGACGACGUUGGGUGGCUCAAGACCGUUGACCAGUACUACGUCGGCGCCAAUAACUCCAUUCGGGGAGCUUGUGUUGAGAAUGUAAUCGAAUCUGUCAUCGCUUCGUUGCUGGACGAUCAAAAUAGAAAGUUCAUCUAUGUUGAGAUGGCGUUCUUUCAAAGAUGGUGGAGGCAACAAAGCAAUGCCAAGAAGGUUAAGGUUAAGAAGCUUGUUGACUCUGGUCAACUUGAGUUCAUAAAUGGUGGAAUGUGUAUGCACGAUGAGGCGACUCCGCAUUAUAUUGACAUGAUUGAUCAGACAACGCUAGGCCAUCAGUUUAUCAAAAGUGAGUUUGGUCAGGUUCCUAGAGUCGGUUGGCAAAUCGAUCCUUUUGGACAUUCUGCAGCACAGGCUUACUUGCUUGGUGCGGAGUUAGGCUUUGACUCGCUGUUUUUCGCUAGAAUUGACUACCAGGAUCGUGCAAAGAGAUUAAGAGAGAAGACACUUGAGGUUAUUUGGCAAGGUUCCAAGUCCCUUGGCUCAUCUUCACAGAUAUUCACCGGAAUAUUCCCAAGACAUUAUGACCCACCUGAUGGUUUCACAUUUGAGAUAAAUGAUGUCUCACCUCCUAUCCAGGAUGAUCCUAGCCUUUUUGACUACAAUGUUCAAGAGCGCGUCAACGACUUUGUAGCUGCAGCCCUUGCACAGGUCAAUGUAACCAGGACAAAUCAUAUCAUGUGGUUGAUGGGAACUGACUUCCGGUACCAGUAUGCAUAUUCAUGGUACAGACAGAUGGACAAGUUUAUUCAUUAUGUUAACAAGGAUGGGCGUCUCAAUGUUCUGUAUUCGACACCAUCUAUCUACACCGAUGCAAAAUAUGCUGCAAACGAGUCGUGGCCCCUUAAGACUGACGAUUUCUUCCCGUAUGCGGACAAACCUAAUGCAUACUGGACAGGGUACUUUACGAGCAGGCCAGCCUUUAAAAGAUAUGUGCGCGAUUUAAGCGGCUACUAUCUGGCAGCUCGACAAUUGGAAUUCUUGAGAGGUAGGAGCAGUUCAGGACCAACAACUGAUAUGUUAGCUGAUGCUUUGGCAAUUGCGCAACACCAUGAUGCAGUUAGUGGUACACAAAGGCAGCAUGUGGCUGCAGAUUAUGCUCUUAGACUCUCAAUGGGUUACCUGCAGGCCGAGAAGUUGGUUGCCUCUUCCCUUUCGUUUUUAUCAGCAUCAAAAUCAAGUCCUGAUAAGAAGAAUCCCGACACAAAAUUUCAGCAGUGUCCCUUGCUUAAUAUUAGUUACUGUCCAGCAUCUGAAGCUCGUUUGUCCAGCGGCAAAAGCCUGGUGGUUGUUGUUUACAAUUCUCUAGGAUGGAAACGGGAGGAAGUUGUCCGAGUUCCUGUGUCGUCUGAAAAUGUUAUCGUGAAAGAUGCAUCUGGGAAAGAAGUCGUGUCGCAGAUUCUACCUCUUUCAGACAUCACAUUGAGAAUAAGAAAGGAGUAUGUCAAAGCAUAUCUUGGAAGAUCACCAAAGGACACUGCAAAACAUGUGCUUGCAUUUAUAGCUUCAGUACCACCUCUUGGGUUCAGCUCGUAUGUCAUCUCAGACACUGGACGAACAGGGCGUGGACUAUCUGCGUCAUAUGUUACUUCUGGAAGCUUGAAUCAAGAUGUAGAAGUUAGCCAAGGAAAUCUGAAGUUGCUCUAUUCAGAAGAGGGUGUGAAAAUGAGUCGUUAUUUAAGUACCAAAAAUCAGGUUACUGCAGAACAAACAUAUGCUUAUUACAUUGGAAGCAAUGGAACUGACAAGGAUCCACAGGCUUCUGGAGCUUACGUUUUUCGACCAGAUGGUUCACGUCCAAUUAAAUCUGAAGGACAGGCUCAGGCUCAGUUGACUGUUGUUCGAGGACCUUUGUUUGAUGAAGUGCACCAAGAGUUUAACUCCUGGAUAUCACAGAUUACCAGAGUGUACAAGGGAAAAGAUCAUGCUGAAAUUGAGUUCACUGUUGGGCCUAUUCCAGCUGAUGAUGGUAAUAGCAAGGAGGUUAUCACUAAACUUACAACCACCAUGAAGACAAAUGGAACAUUUUACACAGACUCUAAUGGUCGGGACUUCAUCAAACGGGUUCGGGACUUCAGAACAGAUUGGGACUUGCAAGUCUACCAACCAGUUGCUGGGAACUAUUAUCCUAUAAAUCUUGGGAUAUACAUGCAAGAUAAAACUUCUGAGCUAUCGGUGUUGGUGGAUCGCGCUGUAGGGGGAUCCAGCUUAGAGGACGGUCAGAUCGAGUUGAUGCUUCAUCGGAGAAUGCUCCAUGAUGACAUUAGAGGUGUUGGCGAGAUUCUUAACGAAACAGUCUGUCUCCCUGAUGGAUGCAAAGGAUUGACGAUACGAGGGAAGUUUUACAUACAGAUAGACAAACCUGGAGAUGGUGCAAGAUGGCGUCGAACAUUUGGUCAAGAAAUAUAUUCUCCACUUCUUCUGGCAUUCACGGAACAGGAAGGAGAUCAUUGGAUUAAUUCACAUAAGACGACAUUCUCAGCGCUUGAACCGUCAUACUCAUUACCAAAUAACGUCGCAUUACUCACCCUCCAGGAGUUGGAAAAUGGGGAAGUUCUUUUAAGGCUUGCUCACUUGUUCGAGGUUGGGGAGGAUAGUGAGUACUCAGUCAUGACAAAAGUAGAGCUAAAGAAACUAUUCAACAACAAAAAGAUAAGCAAAGUGAAAGAGACAAGUCUCACAGGGAACCAAGAGAAAGCGGAAAUGGAGAAGAGAAGGCUAAUCUGGAAAGUAGAAGGCUCGGCCGGGGAAGAGGUGAAGAGAGGAGAAGCUGUGGACGAGGAAGAGCUGGUGGUUGAGCUUGCUCCGAUGGAAAUCCGAACCUUCUUAAUCAGGUUUGAUGAUCACAAUGAAAUGGUUGGUGAAGAGAGAGCAACAACAUAGAUUUUCAAGUAACACACGUUGUGGUCUUUUUUAUAAAGCCUUCACUGGACUCUUAAUAAAUAUGUCCAAUGUGGAUUAAUAAAAUAUUGCAUCACCUCUUUUUCUAUUUCAUUAGUAUGUUUGUGUGUGUGUUGAGUUAAAAGUUGCCAUUGAGUAGCUAAAAAUGGCAUUAACCCAUGUUUGAUGUGACA